AUGAAUAGUUGCAGGUUCAAUUUUCGUCACCUUGUUUUAUCCGCUGUGUCCGUUUGUCUUGCGACGAUGAGCGGCCUCAGCGCUUACGAUACGGAGACUCUGCUCCAAGAGGUCAGGCGCCGAUACAACUGCCUGAGGAAGCCGGAAGGCAACUUCAUUUUUAUGGGCGCUCCAGGCUCCGGCAAGGGUACUCAAGCUUUGUCUCUCCGUGACACCCACUGCUACUGCCACUUGUCAACCGGUGACAUCUUGCGUUCUGCUGUGAGGAGCGGUGACCCCGUGGGUCUGCAGGCCAAGGAAUUCAUGGACAAGGGCAUGCUGGUCCCCGACAACAUCGUGAUAAAGCUGAUUGAGGGCAGGAUUAACUCGUUCGAAUGCCGUCGCGGUUUCAUUUUGGACGGUUUCCCGCGCACCGAGGGUCAGGCAGAGGGUUUGAAGUCGAUGUUGUCGCAAAUCGGCAAGAAGCUGAACUCCGUGCUGUUGUUGGAGUGCCCCGACGACGAGAUUGAGAGGCGCAUUAGCGGUCGUCUGGUGCACCUGCCGUCCGGCCGCGUGUACCACAAGACUAACAAGCCGCCGAAGGUGCCUAUGAUGGACGACAUCACCAACGAGCCUUUGACCCAGCGCAAGGACGACACUCCGGAGAUCAUCCGCACUCGUCUGGAAGCGUACUACAAGCAGACUGCCCCUCUGAUUAGCUACUACGACAAGCUGGGCCUGCUGCGCCGUGUGAACGCCAACCGCCGCGAGGAGGAUGUCAAGGCGGACAUUGACAGCAUCGUCGAGAAGACCGGCAGCAAGCCCCGGUAG